AUGAAACGAUCUCUAGUAUUUCGGAUGAGGAAGUGCACCAAGGAGAAGAAACUGAAAAUUGAAAUGAGGUCCCACCUACACCAGCAAUAUCUAAAGCCAGUUCAAGAAGUUCCCAUGCAAGUAAAACUCGCCAAGGCCGCAAGAGGCUUGCAGACCCCAUUGAAUUGGAAAUUAGGAAAAAACUAA